AUGUUACCAACUCGGAGUAGAAUCCUUUUCUCCAGCUUUAGGGCUUCUCUUCCCCGGCUUUCUUCUCCGCUUCAAACCCUCGCCCCCUGCCCGCGGGACGUUCCUCCGCCCGACCCCCUCGCCGACCUCGUACGCUUCCACCUCUCAUCCGGCGACACCGACGCCGCCGUCGCCGCCAUCCGCAACUCCGCCGACCUCGGGCCCCCUCCCUCCUCCCCCGCUGCCCUCAACCCGGUCUUCUCCGCCCUCUCACGGACCGGCCAGUUCGCCUCCGCCAUCUCCCUCUUCGACUCCCUCUCCUGGGCGCGCGACGCCGCCGAUCUUGUCACCUUCAACAUCCUCAUCCAUUGUGGCUGCCAGUCCCGCCAGUUCGAUGUCGCCCACCAGCUGCUCGGUGAAUUGCGCUCCCGUGGGUACACCCCCGACGUCGUGUCCUUCAACACUUUGAUCAAGGGAUUGUGCGACGAGCACAGGGUUUCAGAUGCUUUUGCAGUCCUCGAUGAGAUGAAGCAGGAAGGCAUCCUGCCGAACAGCUACACGUACUCGAUGCUGAUAGGGCUCGUUACACGGGGUCGCUCGGAUUCAGAGAAAGGCUUGAACUUGAUUCGAGAAAUGCUGCAACUUGGAUUGGAACCUAGCAUAGUGAAUCUUAAUUGCGUUCUUUUGGCAUCCUGUAAGGAGGUCAAGAUUGAUGUGGCAAAAGCUCUUUAUGGUAGGAUGAGUAAAUCUGGAAUUUUCGGAGAUGUUGUCUCGUACACCUGUUUUGUCAAUGCAUUGUGUAAAAAGAAGAGGCUGGCUGAAGCAAAAACUCUUUUUUCUGAGAUGCAGCAGAAGGGAGUAUUUCCAAAUGUUUUCACAUAUAAUGCUAUAAUUCAUGGGCUUUGUGCUAAUUGGUUUUUUAAAGAUGCAGUGGCAAUGAUCGACCAGAUGUUGGUUAAUUGUUUGAGGCCAACUAAAUCCACGUAUACAACCCUCAUGGCUGGGCUCAUUAGAGCUGGGCAAGUCGAAGAGGCUUUAAAAUAUUUGGAUGUGAUGAAAGGACAUGGUUUAGGCCCGGACAAGUACAUCUAUGGUACUUUGCUCAAUGGCUUAUGUCAUAAAGGGAGAGUGGAGGAGGCAAUGAAACUCUUCCGUCUAAUGGAAUCUGAUGGACUGGCUGAUGUUGCUGCUUACAACAUGUUGAUUGGUGGAUUUUGCCGAGUUGGAAAGAUGGAAGAAGCCGUGAAACUUUUCCGAGAGGUUACUGAAAAUGGGUUGAAGUGUGAUGUUAUCAUGUGCACCACCUUGAUCCAUGGCUUCUGCGAGAAUGGAAAAGUUGAAGCUGCACAAGAGAUGGUAAGCCAUAUGGAGAGGAAUGAUCUCAAACCUGAUGCCAUCACAUAUACGGUAUUGAUUGAGGGGCUAUGCAAAACAGAAAAUUAUGAUGCUGUGGAGCAGCUAUUAGACUCUGUGGAAAAGAUUGGCAUUGAGCCAAAUUCAGUUGCCUAUAAAGGUUUAGUACGUCGGUUGUGUAUAUCAGGGCACUCUGAUCGGGCUGUCUAUUUGCUAGAAAUGAUGAAACAAAGAGGACAGCAACUUAGUCCUGAAACUUGUAAGGCACUUUUAGAUGAAAUCAAUGGGGCGAAGAAACUUCAAAAUACUGAGAAUCUGCAAUGCCAAAUGGAAGAAAUUGGUUAG